ACGGUAGACAACAGCAGAGUGAAAUUCGACGACUAUAAACCAUUUUAAAAUGCUCAUUUUUCAAAGUUUUGAGAAUAUUUAGUCAACUUCAGAGUCGAAUCAACCUCAGAACGAAGUUUUUUUCCUCUUUUAUUCAACAAAUUAAAUUAAAUAUGUCUGGAAAAUCACUUUCUAUCAUAUUUCUAUUUGUCUUGAGUUGCUAUCAAUCUGAAUCAGCAGAAGUCAGAGAUAAAUUCAUUGAAGAAAAAAUUGUUCCAGACGUUCUCGAUGACAUACCUGACAUCGCGAUGUUGAGUGUAAAUUAUCCUUCAGGUGUCACAGUGGAAUUAGGGAACGUUUUAACACCAACUCAAGUAAAGGAUAAACCAACAGUUGAAUGGACUAAGGAAGACGGCGUUUAUUAUACAUUGUUGAUGACUGACCCCGACGCACCUACAAGGGAAAAUCCAACUUUGGGGGAGAUAAGACAUUGGUUGGUAGUGAACAUAAACAAUCAAAACGUUGGUGAAACAAUUGUCGAAUACCGUGGAUCUGCUCCACCAAUGGACACUGGUUUACAUCGAUACAUCUUCCUUCUUUUCAAGCAAAUUAAAGGGUACACGAACUAUGAUAUACCUUUUGUGUCCGAUCGUUCAUUUUCCGGACGUCCUAAUACAUCAACUAAGGAAUUAAUGGAUAAUUAUGAUUUAGAACUUGUUGCUGGAAGUUUCUAUCAAGCUGAAUACGACGAUUAUGUUCCAAUCUUACAAGCUCAACUCCUUGGAAAAACCAUUAAAUGUUCACCUGUGCAAUAAAAUUUUCGCUUAUUGCUAUUAUUUACGAUACUGUGUAAAUAAAUGAAAUGUGUUAAUAAAGUAGAUAAUGG